GGGAGAAGAGGCUCUGCCGUGUUUGGGAUCCCUAUUUUUGGGGUUCACGAGGGCGUUUCACGUAUUUUGGGUCGCAGUUCGUGUCAGCCCCGGGCGGGGCGAGGGUGCAGGCGCUGCGGGACAUCCCACCCCGGGCAGAAAUCACCUGUUUCUACGGCGAUGGCUUCUUCGGCGAGGGCAACCGCGGCUGCGAGUGCCGCACCUGCGAGAGGCGCGGCGAGGGCGCGUUCCGUCGUCGCGGCAAAGCGGCCGAGCCCCCUCCUCACCCUCCUCAUCUUCCUCCUCCUCCUCCUCAUCCUCCUUUGCGGGACCCCCCCCCGAAAUACGAGCUGCGCGAGACGGACGUGAGGCUGCGCCGGGGGGCCGGGGGGGACCCCCAAAAACCUCCCCAGGGCCGCAGCCGUAAAAGCAAAAGCAGAAAGAAGCGGCUCCCCUCGCGGAAAGGGCGGCGGCAGCGCCGGGCCGAGACCCCCGGGACCCCCGGGACCCCCCAGCCCCGCGUGGCCCUGCACGACUGCGUGUCCUGCGGGGGGGGCUGCCGCCUGCGCGGGGGGGUCCCGUUGGUGCUGCUGGGGACCCCCAAAUCCCACCCCAAAUCCCAC